AUGUCAACAAGUGUUUUUAUUGUUGGUGUCAAUGGUUAUAUUGGAUUUGGUGUUGCUAAAGCUUAUCGUCGUUCUGGCUACAAAGUCUAUGGUUUGAUACGUAAUGAAAAAUUUGAGCGGGAAUUAGUAAAAGAAGAAAUAAUACCAAUUGUCGCUAACAUAGAUGAUAUCAAUUCUUAUAAAGAAGAAUUAUUAAAAUGUUCAAUUAUUAUCGAUGCAAUAGGAUGGAAUAAAGAUUCGUCGGAUAAAUUUUUACAAUUUGUUUUGGAUGCUGGUCAGGAACGAGUAAAAAACGGACAACAAUAUAAGCCACUUUACAUUUUUACAACAGGAAUAAUGACCUAUGGAGUAGUGGGUGAUCGACCAAUUGAUGAAACAAUUAAACCACAACCAGGAACAACGAUCAUGAAAAAUAAAGAAAAUUUUGAAAAUAAAGUAUUAUCAAAUGAUAAAUAUAUUUAUCCAGUUGUUGUUCGUCCUGGAUGGGUUUAUGGUGGUACUGGUGGUGCUGUUGCUGAUUGGAUUUAUAACGAGAAAGAUGAAAUUAUUUUAUGGGGACGUAAAGAUAAACGUUGGAGUUGGGUUCAUGUAGAUGAUCUAGGUGAUGGUUAUGUUCUAAUUGGUCGAACAAAUCCAAAUAUUGUACGAAAUCAAGUAUUUAAUUUAGCUGCACCAAAUGACAAUCCAACAUUUGAAGAAGUUCGAUUGAAAAUGGCUAAAGUUAACGGGUGGACAAGUGAUAAAAUUAAAUAUCAUGAAAUUAAUGAUGAAACGGAAGAGGAUCUUCGAAGUUGGGACUCGGAUUCAAUAAUAAAUCCAGCAAAAGCAAUGGAUCAACUCGGUUGGAGACCACGACACAUUGGUUAUCUUCAUGAAAUUUUAUUAUAUUAUAAAUCAUGGGAAGCUCAUAAACAACAAUCGAAAUAA